AUGAUUAAAAAGAGGAACAUAAAACUGAACGGCUCAAAAACUUUUCAAUGUUCUCCAGUAAUAGACAUUCUUGGGUACAGAAUUAGUGACAAAGGUAUCCAGCCAGACCCAGAAAGAUUACGUCCAUUAUUGGAAUUUCCACCACCUUCAAAUACUGCAUCUCUUCGUCGAGCCCUUGGUAUGUUCGCUUACUAUGCCAAGUGGAUACCUCAAUUUUCUGACAAAGUUCGUCCACUGGCAGAAACCGAGACUUUUCCAUUAAACAAAGCUGCUAUUAAGUCUUUUAACGCUAUUAAGACAGAGCUUGGAAGAGUUGUACUAGCCCCAAUCGAUGAAGACACGCCAUUUGUAGUCGAGUGUGAUGCUUCUGAUACUAGUAUAUCUGCAUCGCUAAAUCAAAAUGGUCGACCAGUUGCUUUGAUGUCCAAAACGUUAUCUAAAAGUGAAAAAUGGUAUCCUGUUGUUGAGAAGGAAGCCCUCGCAAUCAUUGAAGCUGUCAGAAAAUGGAAUCACCUACUGUCACGUCAACACUUUACUCUAAUAACCGAUCAACGAUCUGUAUCUUACAUGUUUGACAACCGAAGGCGCACCAAAAUUAAGAACAAUAAGAUACAGACAUGGAGAAUGGAAUUUGCGGAAUUUUCCUACACUGUCAAUUAUCGUAAAUACGUUGUUGCUGAUUCCUUCACUCGUGCUCACUGCCUUGCAGUUUCAAAUAACCUCGAUGAUAUGCACAUACAACUGUGCCAUCCUGGAGUUACACGUCUCCUCCAUUUUGUUAAAGCUAAAAACCUACCGUUCUCGACCGAACACGUUAAACGUAUUUGUUCCAAUUGUAAAAGCUGUGCAGUGCUAAAACCUCAAUUUUACAAAGGGGUGCGUGGAAAGUUAAUCAAAGCUACUUCACUACUAGAACGAAUGAACAUCGAUUUCAAAGGUUCUUUACCUUCAAUUACUCGAAACAAGUAUAUUAUGACUGUUAUCGAUGAAUAUUCUCGCUUUCCGUUUGCGAUACCUUGUCCAGAUAUGUCGACUCCUACUGUCAUUAAAUGUCUCGAUUCAAUCUUUACUCUAUGCGGAAUGCCAGGAUAUACACAUUCAGAUAGAGGAAAAUCAUUUAUGUCGUCAGAUCUUGUCAAGUACCUUACUAGUCGAAACAUCGCAACAAGCCACGGCACACCUUAUCAUCCCAUAGGUAAUGGUCAGGUUGAACGUUAUAACGGUGUUAUCUCAACAAAUGCAACACCACAUGAACGUUUUUUCAAUUUCAAUCGAAAAUCAAACCGAGGAACCUCACUGCCUUCAUGGUUAUCUCCAGGUCCUGUCUACCUGUUUGUACGUUCAAGCAAACAUGAUGAUCUGGUUGAAGAGGUAGAGCUGACCCACGUCAACCCAACUUAUGCUCACGUUCGACACAACGAUGGUCGAGAAUCUACUGUUUCACUUUCUGAUUUAGCACUCUGUCCAAGUGAUUCUGAAGUAAAAGACCAAACGAACACCGUUGAAAUUCCAAAGAUUAACGAAGAUGUAGACAUUGCUCCAAAUGAAACUGCUCACAAUGAAAAUGUAGAAGCAACAGAGAUACGGCCAGACGAAGUUGAAAAAGAACUCGAAAACAACUUAAGACGAUCUACACGUACGAUCAGAAAACCUCAGAUGUAUGGUUUCGAAGACGAUCAAUCUAUAUACUGUACUACUAACAUAUACUCCAGUUCUUUAUGUUGA